UCGCUCGUGUUUUAUUCGGCUUGUAGCCAUGGCUCGGUUCGCUGCCUUACUGCUUCUACCUGUUCUCAUUGAAUCGGUAUUUUCUAUUUCUUUCUUUCUACCUGUAAAUUCAAGAAAAUGUCUACGGGAAGAGAUUCACAAAGACGUGCUCGUCACGGGGGAGUAUGAUAUCAACGACGAGUCCAACACUAAAACCAACCUGAAGAUCACAGACUCAUCGGGACACAUCCUCUACUUGAAGGAAGAUGCAACGAAAGGGAAGUUUGCCUUCACAACAGAAGAUUAUGACAUGUUUGAAGUGUGCUUUGAGAGCAAGUCACCAAUGGGAACUGGGAGAGUCCCCGACCAGCUGGUUAAUCUGGACAUGAAGCACGGCGUAGAGGCCAAGAACUACGAGGAGAUCGCCAAGGUGGAGAAGCUGAAGCCCCUGGAGGUGGAGCUAAGGCGGCUGGAGGACCUAUCGGAGUCCAUCGUCAACGACUUUGCCUACAUGAAGAGGAGAGAGGAGGAGAUGAGGGAUACCAACGAGUCCACCAACACACGUGUCCUGUACUUCAGCAUCUUCUCUAUGUGCUGUCUGAUCGGCUUGGCCACCUGGCAGGUCUUCUACCUGCGACGUUUCUUCAAGGCAAAGAAGCUCAUCGAGUAGAGAGGCAUCACCACUCCGCCCAGGGAGAGCAGCCAAAUGCUCCCCAUCAAUCUCCACCGUCUUCGGACUAACGUCGUCGUCAAAACUAGCGCUGUGACUGGAGGAGAUGGAGACCCGCGUACUGUCGAGAGACAAAAAAGAAGGAAUAAAUCCAAAACCUGAGGCAAAACGGGAAUAAUUGUAGUCCUUUAUUGGACAGUGUGCCAGUCUCGAUCUCUUCCAGUGUUCUUGUUUUGACCCUUACACACCUGGAACCACCACUAUUCAGUAGUAAGGACAGCCUCCUAGAAUUCAUAUUUGUGUGUUUUUAAAUGCCAACAUAUUUCCUUGAGUGCUCUACAUUUUUAUUUUUUUUUGCUUACCAGAGCCCCCAUAGGGCUCCUGGUUUCCCCCCCAUAGGGCUCCUGGUUUCCCCCAUAGGGCUCCUGGUUUCCCCACCAUAGGGCUCCUGGUUUCCCCCCCAUAGGGCUCCUGGUUUCCCCCCCAUAGGGCUCCUGGUUUCCCCCCCAUAGGGCUCGUUGUCUCCCCCCCCCCUGGCGAAUGUAGUGCACUGUAUAGGGAGUAAGAUGGUGUUUUGGACAUACCCUAUAAUGACAACAUAAAGAAUGAGCAGGGGAAGGAUUCAGGGUUGUGGUGCUGAGAGAGCACCGAGGGGAUCUUAUUCUCUAGAAGCCAUGUACACCUGGGACUCAUUCAGUGGAGUGAAACAUUAAAAAAACCAAUGUAGAAUAUACACAGAUUUCAAGUCCAGGAGUGAAACGUGUAUGUAUGUCUGUUCAAUUUGUUCUGACAUUUAUUAUCAUCCUGCUGAAUAAGCACCUGAUGCUUUGUUGAUUUUAAUUUGACAUUUUAACAUGUAUAGUUUGAUCUGGAGUUUUAUUUUUGUUGGGAUGAAUGGAUGCACCCAUGAGAAAGGUCUAUUUCCCCCUUUAUAUCGUUGUAUAAAAUCUUUGCCAUGCCAAGCGACCUGUAGGAUAUAGGGUUCAGCCUAAAAUGGCAACCUAUUCCCUAUAAGAAUAGGGUACCGUUUGGGGAAAGACGAUAUUCUUGGGGACCCUUUUUUUAAAAUAUUUUUUUAAACUGAAGGCCUCUAUGAACGACAGGUGGAAUGUGUUUUAACUCAGAAUAGAAACCAUGGCGACCACUGAACUUUUAUGCUUUUGUCAGUUGAUUAAUUUGCAUACAUGUUUUGUAGCUAAAUUUGAGUGUCUUCAGCUUGUUUUGAUUGUAAAUGCAGGGUAGGUAUUGGGGAGUUGGGGGGUGGGGGAUGUUUAAUAAGUUCAGGGAAAGAGUAGCUAUCUCUCAAAUGGAACCCUAUUCCCUAUAUAGGCCUAGUGCACUACUUUUGACCAGUAGUACUGCGCUAUAUAGGGAAUAGGGUGCCAUUUGAACCCUAUUCCCUAUAUAGGCCUAGUGCACUACUUUUGACCAAUAGUACUGCACUAUAUAGGGAAUAGGGUGCCAUUUGAACCCUAUUCCCUAUAUAGGCCUAGUGCACUACUUUUGACCAAUAUAGUACUGCACUAUAUAGGGUGGCAUUUGAGAUGCAGACAAUAUAAUCUUGAAAACUAGGUCAUUUUAUAGCGGAACCAUGGCACGCUUUUAAGUUGUUUUUAAGAGAUGUACAAAAGAAAAACAGCCACAUAGCUAUGUACUUUUCCAUCUGAAUAGGUUAUAAGACGAGUAGAGCUGCAGGGCCUUUUGGGAAAUGAUGUCUCUUCUUUGGAGACCCAUUGAAUCUACACCAACCAUCCAAGAUCCAUCCAGCUUUCUUUUGGAGAUAUUUCUGGGGUUUGGGCUACGUGAGGAUUUGGGGUUGGUUUAAAAUGUUUUUAUUUUAUUUAUUUUUUAAAAAUCUCAUUGGUAAUAUUUUCACAUGUAUGUGGUAUAUUUCAAACUCUUAAUACAGAAUUCAAAACAGAUCAUCAAAAAGCCCGUUUCAAAACUAAGCACAUUUUCAAUUGACUAAGUACAACAGUCACUUUUUUUUUUUUUUUUUUUUUUUUACACCAGAUUGAAUCAGUGUUUCAUCACAUUGCAAUACAGGUUCAUAUAAAGUCCUUGCUUUUCUCAAUGCUCACAUUA